AUGACCACGUAUCUCCCGAGUCACCAGCGCGCGUCGUCUGACGUGACGAGCUCGGUCGACAAGCCUGACAACAAGUCAAUUACUCAAUCAGUGACGGAGGAGAAAGCUCCGCCGCUUGGCGCGCCGUUGGAGCAGUCAACUGGACUGUUCGCGCCGUGGAGAACGCCUACUCAUGACCUCGAUGCUAUUGCGACACAGCCGAGCGUGUUUGAUGACCCAGUCACGUUGGAGGCUUAUCGUCCACCACCUCAAUAUGAAAACACCCACCGGUUCGACCCCAAUGCGCGGUGGACUUGGAGGGAAGAGAAGCGUCUUGUCCGUAAGAUUGACCGCCGAAUCAUGAUAUGGGCAGCCAUCAUGUUCUUUUGCCUGGAUCUCGAUCGCACGAAUAUCUCCCAGGCCAACACAGACAACUUCCUGAAUGACUUACAUUUGACGACCAAUGAUUUCAAUCUCGGAAACACACUUUUCCGACUUUCCUUCCUCAUUGCUGAGUUGCCGUCUCAGCUGAUCUCUAAACGGGUGGGCCCUGAUGUCUGGAUUCCGACGCAAAUGGUCUGCUGGAGCACUGUCGCAUUCAGUCAAUACUGGCUUACUGGAAGGAAAACCUUCCUCGCGACGCGCUUUCUUCUUGGCUUAUGUGAAGGAGGGUUCAUCCCUGACGUCGUUCUUUAUCUCAGCUACUUCUACACCAAGCGCGAACUUCCCAUCCGACUCGCCUACUUUUGGGUGUCGAACUAUGUCUCACACAUUGUGAGCGCGUUCCUCGCGACUGGAAUUCUUCGUCUUCGUGGAGUUGCUGGGAAGGCUGGCUGGCGAUAUCUUUUCCUGCUCGAGGGGUUAUUGACUCUGUCUGUCGGGCUCGUCUCAUACCUCAUGAUGCCGCCUGGACCCACACAAACGAAACUGAAGUAUCUCCGGCCCAAAGGCUGGUUUACUGAACGGGAAGAGACGAUUAUGGUGAAUCGAGUGCUGCGGGACGAUCCAUCCAAGUCAGACAUGCAUAACCGCGAAGGACUUGCUCCCAGGAGGAUAUUCCAGGCCCUGAAAGACUGGCGAAUGUGGCCGAUCUACUGCUUGGGCCUGGUCCACAUGAUUCCGACUGGACCCCCGCAGAUCUACCUUACCUUGUCGCUUAAGAACUUGGGUUUCACAACUACCCAAGCCAACCUGCUCUCCAUUCCGUCCACAGUCAUUGGCCUAUUGAUGUUGCUGUUUACCGCAUAUCUCAGCGAGAUAGUCAACAGCCGUGUUGCAGCGACGAUAGUUCUGCAGCUAUGGGCGCUACCGCUACUCAUCGCACUUUACACGUUCAACAAGGCAACCUCCCAGUGGGUCUACUUCGCCGUCGUUACACUCGUUACGGGUUUCCCGUAUGUUCAUCCUAUUCAAGUAGCAUGGGCGUCGAGGAAUUCGUAUUCCGUUCGCACCCGCACCGUUUCCGCUAGCGUUUACAAUAUGUUUGUGCAAGCCGGGGCCAUAACCUAUGCUAAUAUCUAUCGAACCGACGACAAGCCACUAUAUAAGCGCGGAAAUAGAGCCCUGAUCGGCAUCUGCUGCAUGAACAUCUGCCUCUACAUCCUGACCUUCUUCUUUUACCGCACGCUAAACCGGUGGCGCGACAGGAAAUGGAACUCUUGGACAAAGAAGGAGCAGCAAGAGUAUGUUGAGACGACCAAGGACGUCGGGAACGAGCGCCUGGACUUCCGUUUCGCAUAUUAG